ACCCAAACCAAACCGCCCCAGAGAGAGACACCCACGGCGCUGCUCAGCCAGAGCCCCGCACAGGCACACGCCUCCCCCUGCCCCUGUUCCCAGGAGCGUGUGGGAAGUGGGUCAGGAUCGGGGAGAGCCUGCAUCCCGAAGGGGGGAAGUGGGGGGCUCGCCCCCUCCAUGGAACAUGGGGGUGCCAUGGGGCACCUAUGGAUGGUCCCCCCAAAGCAAGGCAGAAAGGAUCUCAGGCCAGGAUGGAAAUGGGGGGACCAGUGCCCCCAACAUGGAGAUUCUGGGGUGCAACCUUGCUUAACAGGAGGCACUUUCUGUGGUGAGUGAGGACCAGUCCAUAUUCGACCCCCCCUACGGCCCUCCCCACCUCAUGAAGACAGAGGUGCCCCCUGCCGAGGAGUACAACGGCAAGGAGAGGCCGGCGCUGGGGGAGCCGGACUGGUCCAGUCAGACCAGCAGGGGGCACUCUGUGAAGAGGGAGAAUGAGAAUGUCAACUGCUCCAGACAGUCCCCCGUGGACUGCAGUGUAUCCAGACGCAGCAAAUCCGGGAGCGACCCACACCCCAUCCCCUACCCAGCCAGCUACAGCGACCAGCGGAGCAGCCCCCCAGCCAACCCCCCCAGCGAGGAGAAGAGGGUUAUCGUCCCAGCAGACCCUGGUGUGUGGACCCAGGACCACGUGCGCCAGUGGCUGGACUGGGCGGUGAAGGAGUACGGGCUGGAGGAGGUGGACGUGGGCCUGUUCCAGCACGUGGACGGCAAGGAGCUGUGCAAGAUGGGCAAGGAGGAUUUCCUGCGCCUCACCUCACCCUACAACGCCGACGUGCUGCUGUCCCACCUGGCCUACCUGCGGCAGAGCAGCCCGACCUUCACCUACCCGGCUGCCCCAGCUGUGACCCCCCAGCCUCCCGCGCCCCCACCACGUGUGCAAGUGAAAACAGAGUCCCCCUAUGAGGAAAUCAGGCGAAGCAGCUGGAGCGGCUCCCUCAGCGGAGGCCCCAAAGGGUCCCCCCCCCAGAUCCAGGGGGUGAAUCGGACGAGUGACUCCCCACGGAUCGUAACAGAUCCAUACCAGGUCCUGGGACCCACCAGCAGCCGCUUGGCAAACCCAGGCAGCGGCCAGAUCCAGCUGUGGCAGUUCCUGCUGGAGCUGCUGUCGGACAGCAGCAACGCCGGGUGCAUCACGUGGGAGGGCACCAACGGGGAGUUCAAGAUGACGGACCCGGACGAGGUCGCCCGGCGCUGGGGCGAGCGCAAGAGCAAGCCCAACAUGAACUAUGACAAGCUGAGCCGGGCCCUGCGCUAUUACUACGACAAGAGCAUCAUGACCAAGGUGCACGGGAAACGUUACGCCUACAAGUUCGACUUCCAGGGCAUCAGCCAGGCCCAGCAGAACCACCCGGGCGAGGGGCCCCUCUACAAGUACCACCCGGCCGACCUGUCCUACCUGCCUUCCUACCACCAGCAGAAGGUGGGCUUUGGCCUCAGCCACGCCGCCCAGCUGCCCGUCUCCUCCGCCGGCUUCUUCGGGGCCCCCUCGCCCUACUGGAACGCCGGCUCCGGGAACCUCUACCAGAGCUCGCCCGUGCCCCGGCCCGCUGCCGGCCACCUGAACUCCUUCUAUUAGCCACAGGGGGCACCCAGCCUGCUGGCGGCCACCUGAACUCCUUCUACUAGCCAUGGGGGGUGCCCGGCCCGCCGCCGGCCACAUGAACUCCUUCUAUUAGCCACGGGGGGCGCCUGGCCUGCUGGUGGCCACCUGAACUCCUUCUACCAGCCACAGGGGGCGCCCGGCCUGCUGGCGGCCACCUGGACUCCUUCUACUAGCCGUGGGGGGUGCCUGGCCUGCCAGCGGCCACCUGGACUCCUUCUACUAGCCAUGGGGGCACUUGGCCUCCCGCCGGCCACCUGAACUCCUUCUACUAGCCCUGGGGGGUGCUUGGCCCACUGCUGGCCACCUAAACUCCUUCUGCUAGCCACAGCAGGCACUUGGCCCGCUGCUGGCCACCUGAACCCCUUCUGCUAGCCACAGGGGGCGCUUGGCCUGCUGCUGGCCACCUGAACCCCUUCUGCUAGCCACAGGGGGCGCUUGGCCUGCUGCUGGCCACCUGAACCCCUUCUGUUAGCCACAGGGGUGCCCCAGCCUGCCAGCAGCCACCUGAACUCCUUCUACUAGCUAUGGGGAGGAAGGGGGUGCCACAGCACAUAGGGGCUCCCUAAACACCUACUAGCCACAGGUGGGAUCCCCCCAAACAUGGAGAGCCAUGUGGGAUCCUUCUGCUGCCUGUCCCCAGCCCUGUUGCUGCCUCCAGCCCAACCAGUGCCUGGAAAGACCGCUCCUCCCUUCCCCCGAUAGUGAGGUGCCCCCCCACCUGAGGUUUUUGGGGGGCCAGGGGCUCCCCAUUCUGGCUAGACUCCUUGUGCUCUGGACUGGGCAGGGCCCUGGGGGACAGCCCAUAGGGUGCAGGGUUUUUUAACCUGCAGUUGUCCCUCCCAGAAGGCAGAAGACCCCCCCACCCCCAAUCCUGCCUUGAGCCGAUGCCUCCCCUCCCAGCGUGGCUCCCACAACAGGUGCUCGUUAAACACUGUGGGACGCCUGUUGGGGGGUGGGGCAGGCGGGUGGGCUGAGACACCUUUUGGGUGAGGCUGCUGGCUGUGAGCGUGGGCAUCUGUCAGGAGUGGAGGCUGGUUGUUGCUUUGGACACAGCAGGGGGAGCCCACUGAGUGUGGACGCCUGUUGUAACUGGUGCCAGCUGUUACCUCUAGACACUAGGGGGCGCCUGUUGGGUGAGGCCGGCUGUUGUGGGGGGGGGGGGUGCCUAUGGAGGGGUGGAAAUCAGCUAGUGCCUCCCCCAUCCAUCCCCUCAUCCCAACCUCCCCUCUGUAGGCGGGGCCCGUGGGUCUCAUGGUAGCAGCCCCCCACCCUGGGGGAAUGGUGUGCGGAUACACUGUAGCGCCGCUGCUCUGUGGGGGAUUGUAUCCGUGACACCCCCAGUUCCGUGGGGCUGACAGCGACUGUAAUAUGCCUCCUCCCUCACCCCAUGUAUUAAAGGUUGUGUUGUUUCGCGUGA